AUGCAAAGGCCAACUCCAGAUGGUGCAGAGCCACAGUUGCGGGGAUCCGAACAUGAGCUGUCCACAACACUCCGCAUUCAGAAGAAGGCACGUGGCUUUCCCGUUUGGAUCGGCACAUCGGCUGUCUUGCUGUUCUUCAUUUUGGUUUUGGGGGGCUGGAAAGCUGUUGCCAAGAGGGAGCGACGUCCAGUGGGGUCCCCGGUGCCAACAGACCCCGAGGGUUUGAAGGGUACAUUGGAUGCAUUAGAUAAAGCUGCGGAACGCUUGAGGAUCAAGUGGGGAAAAUCGUCUGAAAAGGUGCGUGUGGCCUUUAAUUCAUUUUAUUCUCCAAGCGGUCUGGCGGAUGGAGCCGAGCUUGCGGAGUCUCUCCCAACUGAUGCCUUUAGAGAUUUCCCAGAAAUUAUUGACGUGCUUGGUGCAUAUGUGGACGAAUUCAGAUCCACGCCUUUACCUGACAAGAAUGCCAGCAAGGAAGAAAAGGAAGACUAUGCUAUGGGCAAUUUAGUGCUUUUGUGUACAGUGCGUGCUGCUACGACCCGUCUUGGCCAGCUGGCCAAACUGGAAAGGGUUGCAAACGAACACCCAGGGACUGGAGUUUAUCUCUUGUCAAUCAGACCUAUGACUGAUUUGAUGGCAACGGUUGAAGAGGAAGAACACAAUUUUUCUUUUACACGCUUCGUUCGUCAACUAGAAGUAGAAGGCAUUGAGGAAUUUCCGCCACAGAAGGGUUCAGGGCCGACGGCUCCGGAAACUGCGGUCAAUCCUUUGGUAAAUGCCAUGAGAGUAAAGCAUAUAAUCGAUUCGCAUGACAUGGAAGUUUUCGGGAUAUUUCAAGAAUUGCUUGAUUACGCGGAGCAGGCCAAGUUCGGGCGGGACAGUAACGGCUUGCACAAUUUCGCGCAAAUGACAAGAAGCUCAGUUAUCGGAAGCGUUUCUCUUCAGCAAUAUGAAAGGCUUUCUGCCAUUUCCGCAUGGUCCUUUAACACGGAUCCUCGCACGCGUCUAUUGCAUCCAUUCGCAAUAGCAAUCUCUCUCUUGUAG